CGGCCAUUUAUGAGUUGCGACCUCGUGAAGUCUUCGCGAUGCCGUGAGGAUGGCGUGCAUGCUGCCUCGCUCUGAAGGUCGACUGGGUUCUUCUCGCCAUGAACCCUCAGGGAUUCUCUUUCCCUCCCCCUCCUCCCCCUCCUCCUUCCCAGCAGCAGCAGCAGCAACAACAACAACAACAACCGCAGCUGCAACAGCAACAAUAUCACCAUAAUGGAACCUUCUCAGCUCAAUAUGGUGGUCAGGGCUAUUAUGGCCAGCGAGGUGGCCAUGCUCCCGGGGCCCAUUUUCGAGGCCGGGGAAGAGGAUACGGGAAUCGGGGAGGUGCCCGAGGAGGUCAUUUCAUGACGCCUGAUGCCAACCGCGCAUAUCCUGCCGCCACGCCUUCCGUCGGCUACGCCCCGAUGAACUACGCUGCGUAUACCACCCAGCCUCUGUCGAAUACUCCGCACUCCAUGCCUACAACCCAAGUCGCUGCUUCAGCGUCGCCGAACUUUCAACAUCCUACAAAUGCCUCCUCUUACACCGCCCCGCAACCGUUUGCGCAACAAGCAGCGCGUGUUCCGCAUUAUCAAGGCCAGCCUAACUAUGGUGGGACAUACACGCCGUCGCCUGCACAACCGGGGCCUGCCUAUCCUUCUGUCAUGACCUCGCACCAACCUGUCAACCAACCGGUUCAAACGCCAAUGAUGGGCCCACCCAUGCGCUGGGGGUUUGAGCACACGGGGCCGGCAGGAUCUUUCGCCGGAGCUCAGCGCAGUCCUCAGCGCGGUGGGCGCCCGUUCAAUAAUUACAACGCUCAGUCAUCCACUGGAGACAGGCCACCGAACUAUGCGAACAAGCGUGACCAUAGUUCGGCCUUUGGGAAGCCCCAGUCAGUCGCGCCGCGAAUUCCUGCACCGCCUCCGGUCCCCAGCUUUGGGAAUCCUCUUCCCUCCAAACCGCCUCCACCGGUCGAUACCUCGCGAAAGCCGAAAAAGAAGAAGAGAAAGCAUAAUCAGCUUGGAUUGACACCGAAGACUGACGAGCAUGAGUCGAGCGAGGAGGAAGACGAUGCAGACGAGGAAGCGAGGCUGGCGGCCGGAGCUGCUGGCGCUUCAGCAUCUCUUCAAAUCACAUAUCGCGGAAAGACCGCCACGCUGCAAUCAUCGGAGGAUAUUGCGGCCUGGAUUGAGGAGCGGAAGAAACGGUAUCCGACCCAAGCGAGAGUGGAAGAAAAGAAAAAGGCCAUGGAAGAAGCAAAGAAAGCGCGUCAGGAAGCGCAACGACAAAGGGAUCUGCGGAAGCAGGAAUUGAAGCGAGCGCAAAAGGAUGGUCGGAAUCGAAAAGAGCACGACAAAACAACCAAGGAGCAACCUAUCGACCCCAUGGACGCCGCUGCGAAGGCCAAGCAGAAGGCGGAUAAACUGCGGCGAAAGCUCAUGAAAGAAGAGAAGCGUGUUGCCAAAGCUGAGGCAGAUGCUGAAAGGGCCAGGAUUAGGGCCGAGGAACUGCAAAAAGCAGCAACAGACUCCAAUGUAGAGCAGCCAUUGGCCACUCCAGAAGCUCAGGUCCAGCCUACUUCUGAUUCCGCGGCUGGGACAAGCACAGGCUUUGAGGAUACUUCUGUCAAGCCUGGGUCGACCGCGGCUGACGGCACUGAAACGAACAACGGCGGCGCCACGCCCGUGACAGAGAUCAAGUCUGACGCUGGAAAUCCCGCAGAGUCUCGCGAGGGUGACGGGCUUAACGUGCCGUCUUCAGAUGUCUCCGAUAGCAGCGACUGGACGUCGUCAAGUGGGUCAGACUCAUCGUCGGAUGAUUCUGACAGCGACGAUGAUUCUGCGCCGGAGGAGGCAAGCUCUCGACGAGAGGGACCCGAGCGGGUAGCGCCACCGGCCCGCGACAGCAAGAGAAAGGUGUGCAGGCACUUUGCUCGGAAUGGCCGCUGCGCGCGUGGGCAGAACUGCCGAUUUUUGCACGAGGCGCCUGAGCGAGGAAAUAGAGCGAAGCCAGCGGAGCCACCACAGGGACGGAAGGGGCUUCUACAAGCGGUGAGUCCAGCAUUCCCCAUCUGAUACAAGUUCGGGUCGUGUUGUGUUGUGGGGACAUAACUAACGAGCACGAUUGCUAGCUUCUGGAGCGCCAAAAGGGUGAGGAGGAUCGGAAAGUCAUGGAGGCGAUUGCAUGGCUCGGAGAGAAUGGGUUCCUGGAUGGACCGAAGAACCCCGGGGACGCCAACGACCAAACCUCGGUGACCGAGGGCGUGGAAGCUACGCAGCAUGUUGCAAAGGAGCAACAGGCAGCACCCGAAGCAACCAUCUCCGGGCAGGAAGCCGAUGCGGCCGUGGCCACUGCGUAGCAUACGGAAGGUAAUUCCACACUCUCAAAGGCCAUGGUGCAAUCAAUGUACAUACCCAGCUAGACUCACGUAGUAUUAUAACACCUCGUGUCAAGCUCGGGCUAGCAUUAGCAGACCCACAUCGGACUU